ACUUCGUGCUGGGCAAUGCCCAGGUGGCAGGGCUCUUCCCUGUUGUCUACUGCUCUGAUGGCUUCUGUGACCUUACGGGCUUCUCCCGGGCUGAGGUCAUGCAGCGGGGCUGUGCCUGCUCUUUCCUCUAUGGACCAGAUACCAGUGAGCUCGUCCGCCAACAGAUUCGAAAGGCCCUGGAUGAGCACAAGGAAUUCAAGGCUGAGCUGAUCCUAUACCGGAAAAGCGGGCUUCCUUUCUGGUGUCUUCUGGAUGUGAUACCCAUAAAGAAUGAGAAAGGGGAGGUGGCCCUCUUCCUGGUCUCUCACAAGGACAUCAGUGACACCAAGAACCGAGGGGGCCCUGACAGCUGGAAGGAGACAGGUGGUGGCCGGCGCCGAUAUGGCCGGGCAGGAGCCAAAGGCUUUAAUGCCAACCGGCGGCGGAGCAGGGCUGUGCUCUACCACCUCUCUGGGCACUUACAGAAGCAGCCCAAGGGCAAGCACAAGCUCAAUAAGGGAGUAUUUGGGGAGAAGCCAAACUUGCCAGAAUACAAAGUUGCUGCCAUCCGGAAGUCACCUUUCAUCCUGCUGCACUGCGGGGCGCUAAGAGCCACCUGGGAUGGCUUCAUCCUGCUCGCCACACUCUAUGUGGCUGUCACUGUGCCCUACAGUGUGUGUGUGAGCACAGCCCGGGAGCCCAGUGCCGCUCGUGGCCCACCCAGUGUCUGUGACCUGGCCGUGGAGGUCCUCUUCAUCCUUGAUAUUGUGCUGAAUUUCCGCACCACAUUUGUGUCCAAGUCGGGCCAGGUGGUAUUUGCUCCAAAGUCUAUUUGCCUGCAUUAUGUCACCACCUGGUUCCUGCUGGAUGUCAUCGCAGCGCUGCCCUUUGACCUACUACACGCCUUCAAGGUCAAUGUGUACUUUGGGGCCCAUCUGUUGAAGACUGUGAGGCUGCUGCGCCUGUUGCGCCUGCUGCCACGCCUGGACCGGUACUCCCAGUACAGCGCUGUGGUACUGACCCUGCUCAUGGCUGUGUUCGCCCUGCUCGCCCACUGGGUGGCCUGCAUCUGGUUCUACAUCGGCCAGCAGGAGAUUGAGAGCAGUGAAUCCGAGCUGCCUGAGAUUGGCUGGCUGCAGGAGCUGGCCCGACGACUGGAGACCCCCUACUACCUGGUAGGCAAGAGACCAGUUGGAGAGAACAGCUCUGGCCAGAAUGACAACUGCAGCAGCAGCAGCAGCAGCAGCAGCAGUGAGGCUAAUGGGACUGGGCUGGAGCUCCUGGGCGGCCCGUCACUACGCAGUGCCUACAUCACUUCCCUUUACUUCGCACUCAGCAGCCUCACCAGCGUGGGCUUUGGCAAUGUGUCCGCCAACACGGACACUGAGAAGAUCUUCUCCAUCUGCACCAUGCUGAUUGGUGCCCUGAUGCACGCAGUGGUGUUUGGGAACGUCACGGCCAUCAUCCAGCGCAUGUACGCCCGCCGCUUUCUGUAUCACAGCCGCACUCGUGACCUGCGUGACUAUAUCCGUAUCCAUCGGAUCCCCAAGCCCCUCAAGCAGCGCAUGCUUGAGUACUUCCAGGCUACCUGGGCUGUGAACAAUGGCAUCGAUACCACUGAGCUGCUGCAGAGCCUCCCUGAUGAGCUUCGUGCAGACAUCGCCAUGCACCUGCACAAGGAGGUCUUGCAGCUGCCGCUGUUUGAGGCAGCCAGCCGAGGAUGCCUGAGGGCACUGUCCCUGGCCCUGCGGCCUGCCUUCUGCACACCUGGCGAAUACCUCAUCCACCAGGGUGACGCUCUUCAGGCCCUCUACUUCGUCUGCUCUGGCUCCAUGGAGGUGCUCAAGGGUGGCACUGUGCUCGCCAUCCUAGGGAAGGGCGAUCUGAUUGGCUGUGAGCUGCCCCGGCGGGAGCAGGUGGUAAAGGCCAAUGCCGAUGUGAAGGGGCUGACCUACUGCGUCCUGCAGUGCCUGCAGCUGGCUGGCCUGCACGAUAGUCUUGCACUGUACCCUGAAUUUGCCACACGCUUCAGCCGUGGUCUCCGAGGGGAGCUCAGCUACAACCUGGGUUCUGGGGGAGGCCCUGCAGAGGUAGAUACCAGCUCCUUGAGUGGUGACAACACCCUCAUGUCUACAUUGGAGGAGAAAGAGACAGAUGGGGAACAGGGCCCCACAGCCUCACCGGCCACAGCAGAUGAGCCCUCCAGCCCUCUGCUGUCCCCUGGCUGCACCUCCUCAUCCUCGGCUGCCAAACUGCUAUCCCCUCGUCAAACUGUGCCCCGGCCACGUCUAGGUGGCAGGGGGCGACCGAGCAGGGCAAGGGCUUUGAAGGCUGAGGCUGGUGCUUCUGCUCACCCACGGACUCUGGAGGGACUGCGGCUGCCCCCCAUGCCAUGGAAUGUGCCCCCAGACCUUAGCCCCAGGGUUGUAGAUGGCAUUGAGGAUGGUUGUGGCUCUGACCAGCACAAGUUCUCUUUCCGCGUGGGUCAAUCUGGCCUGGAAUGUAGCAGCAGCCCCUCCCCUGGACCAGAGAGUGGCCUGCUCACUGUCCCCCUUGGGCCCAGCGAGGCAAGGAAUACGGAUACACUGGACAAGCUGCGGCAGGCGGUGAUGGAGCUAUCUGAGCAGGUACUACAGAUGCGGGAGGGACUGCAGUCACUUCGCCAGGCUGUGCAGCUUGUCUUGGUACCCCAUGGGGAGGGCCCAUGCCCUAGGGCAUCAGGAGAGGGGCCUUGCAGAGGUACAGUCAGUGCCUCUGGGCUCCUGCAGCCUCUUCGUGUGGACACUGGGACAUCCUCCUACCUACAGCCCCCAGUUGGCUCUGUCUUAAGUGGAACCUGGCCCCACCCUCGUCCAGGGCCCCCUCCCCUCAUGGCACCCUGGCCCUGGGGGCCCCCAGCAUCUCAAAGCUCCCCCUGGCCUCGAGCCACAACUUUGUGGACCUCCACCUCAGACUCAGAGCCCCCUGGCUCAGGAGAACUCUGCUCUGAGCCUAGCACCCCAGCUUCUCCUCCUCCUGAGGAAGGGGCUGGGACUGGGCCCCCAGAGCCUGUGAGCCAGGCAGAGACUACCAGCACUGGAGAGCCCCCACCAGGAUCAGGGAGCAGGGCCUUGCCCUGGGACCCCCACAGCCUAGAGAUGGUGCUUAUUGGCUGUCACGGCCCUGGCACAGUCCAGUGGACCCAGGAAGAAGGGACGGGGGUUUGACUGCCAGCCCAAGGUCAGUGCUACAGACAUGCCAACCUCUGCUGCUCUGCCCAAUCUCAGGACUCCAUGCUGCCCGCUGGCUCAGGGCAGGGAACUAGAGACAUAAAGGGGAUUUGGCUCCCUGACUCUUAGGAGUGGGCUGGAGCCUCAAAAGCAAACCCCAGAGCUGAGAAUCUGCAGGUCCCUACUCCUGGAGCCCUUCUAUAGCCUGCUCUGUUGUUGACCUUGUCACCUUCUGCGGGCUGAGGGCAGAGGCCUGAGGACAAGGAGAGAUUCCGCCCUCUCUUGCAUGUGCCCCAUCUCUACCUGUCCUUACAUUUUUUAUAUUAAAAAAGCGUAAUAAAAAAAGAAACUACUUUGGAA